GAAGAUACGUCAAUCUCGGUAUUUCCAUUUCGCUAAUUGAGCACGUGGGUAGUAGUACUGCUCCCGCUACCAUCUCUAUGUGACAUGCCUGCGCAUUAUCAUGCCUGUGCAUUGACCGCUGCUUAUUCCUGUCCGACACAUGCUUGGCCAUUUUGAAUGAGCACGUUCCCAUAUGCUACGCAUGCUCACUAUCGGUGAUCCUGACCUAUCUGACGAUGUCCGCCCGUCCAGCCCACUGGCAGUCAAACCCAUCUGCCUUCCUUCGAAAUCAGUCAGUACUGGUCCUCCUAACACGGCAGUGUCUAUCUAUCCCAAUGGGCAUUCCCAAGUCGUGAGUCCGUCAGGCCCUUCCAUGCGUGAGUGGGGUGAAGGCGAAUCCGAGAACAAAAAGACAAAAAAAGG